ACAAAAGUGGAUUGUUUUUGAAAAGGACAAAAGUCAGAUUUGCAAGGUUUAUCAAUAUACAGACCGUGCUGGUUUCAUAUGUGACAAGGAGGCAAGCAAACAGUGGAGAACGGCAGUAGAUACGAUAUAGAUAAGCAAGAAAGAAAAAUUAAGGACAAAAAGACAGACCAGUUUCUAAAAAUUCAGGUGCUGUAAGGACCACAGGGAAACCUAGUGCAGAAUAAGACUGUGCACUUCAAAAUAAUACCAUAAAGGCUCAUCAUUUCAAUCCAUUAUUGAUUACACCUUGGGGACUUUCCACCGAUUCCACUUGAUGCUACUUUUAAAAUGUGCCCCAUAUAACAUAUGAAUUACGGGAAGUAGAUUCAUUAUCCAGUUCAAUGAGUUGUCAUCACCACAGGCACUAAUAUUCUGGAGUCUACUCGGGCACUGAUCUUUCCAUGGAAAUAACAGAAAAUUCCAAGAAAUGGAAGCCGCUCAUAGUAAAAGAAGAAAAGCUGAGUAUCAUCAGGGUUAAUAGCUCCUAUUUGAGAUCCAUGAAUGAUUACAGAGGUUUUUUCCUAAAUCGAACUUUCAAGAUUCAUUAAUAAUAUGCUGCCUCUCUGGGACAUAGGUGCGCUCAUGGUACGAAGGCUAUUUAUUCAUCGCAUGGAAUAGAAGAGCUAGAGGAACAAUGGCUUCAAAGGUCUCAUGCUUAUACAUUUUGACGGUAGUUUGUUGGGCAAGUGCUCUUUGGUACUUAAGUAUAACUCGUCCUACUUCUUCCUACACCGGCCACAGACAGAUCAGUAGCAUAUCGAUAGCCAGAAAAAACGUUUCCUUUGGCAACAUAAGAACUCGACCUAUAAAUCCACAUUCCUUUGACUUUCUUAUCAAUGAGCCCAACAAAUGUGAGAAGAGUGUCCCUUUCUUGGUCAUUCUUAUCAGCACAACUCACAAAGAGUUUGACGCAAGGCAAGCCAUUCGAGAAACUUGGGGAGACGAAAACAACUUUAAAGGAAUUAAAAUUGCCACGCUCUUUCUUCUCGGAAAAAACACAGAUCCUGUGUUAAAUCAAAUGGUAGAGCAAGAAAGCCAAAUUUUUCAUGACAUUAUUGUGGAGGAUUUUAUUGACUCUUAUCAUAAUCUCACCCUGAAAACAUUGAUGGGGAUGAGGUGGGUAGCAACGUUUUGUUCAAAAGCAAAAUAUGUUAUGAAGACAGACAGUGAUAUUUUUGUAAAUAUGGAUAAUCUUAUUUAUAAACUGCUCAAACCUAACACCAAGCCAAGGAGAAGGUACUUCACAGGUUAUGUUAUAAACGGAGGACCAAUACGAGAUGUUCGCAGUAAGUGGUACAUGCCAAGAGAUUUGUACCCUGACAGCAAUUAUCCACCCUUCUGUUCAGGCACCGGCUACAUAUUUUCAGCUGACGUAGCAGAACUGAUUUACAAAACCUCCCUUCACACAAGACUUCUUCAUCUUGAAGAUGUGUAUGUUGGACUCUGCCUUCGGAAGUUGGGCAUUCACCCCUUCCAAAACAGUGGCUUCAAUCACUGGAAAAUGGCCUAUAGCUUGUGCAGGUACCGCAGAGUGAUCACGGUGCACCAGAUAACACCAGAAGAAAUGCACAGAAUUUGGAAUGACAUGUCCAGCAAGAAACAUCUUAGAUGUUAAGAUUUUUACAGAUGUAAAUACCUUUUUUUUUUAAAUUUUGAUUUAGUCUGGUUAUUUUUUGACAAACUGAUCUGCUGAUUUACAGGUUAAACUGUGGGAUAUUAACUGUGAGAGGAUUUUUAAUGACUGAUUUUUCAUUCUCAUUUUGACUACUGGUUUACAGACUUCAGGCUCUUUUCAUAAGGACAUUAUACCAACCGAAAAGAUCUAGAGUCAAACCUCAGAUUUUGUAUAUUAUCCUCUAUCACACAUAUCAGCUCCUGCAUCUGUAUGUAAAGGACAGUAAUAAGCUAUCAUGAGCUGCUUAAUAGUUCAUGCUCUGGCCGCUGAGAUAAGACUCAGGCCCUAAGAAAUGAAUAAUUACAAAUAUAAUUUUAUUCCUUUUCUGACACCCUACAACCAUUUCUAUUAGAUCUUUGUUAAUAAAUUGCACUGACCUUAUACACCUAUCUUGACACAUAUAUAUAUUUUAUAGUACAACACGUGCAAUUCCCAAACAUCUUACUAAAGUUAUAAUAGCAGAAUUCAGAUAGGUAAGAACAUCAAAGUCUCAUAGGUCUUAGAAACAAACCCAAACACUGAAGUAUAUUCUUAUCCACCAAACAGUAUUCCUUUAAGUUAUUUCACAAGACACCCCAUUACUUUCUACUGGCUAAAGUAGCCCCUAAAAGAUCUAACAUAAUUUUAAAAUGAAGUAGAACAUGUAGGUGAAAUAAGGCAGUAGAGAUGUAUGAAAAACUAUCUUAAAAACACAUGAUAAAAGUAUGAAUUACUUUUAACUUCAAAGCAAGGGCAAUGUUUCUCAUUAGUAUCAGUGGAUCUCUCCAUUAUCUAUUGCUAUGCAAGAUGCUUAAUUAUAUUGAAUGAUAAAAGUAUUAGUAAGCAACAUAUUUCUUUAACAUCAGUCAGUAUGCUAUUUACCUAAAAAAAGUAACACAAAAGCAGCUUUUUAAGCGUAAGCUCUAUAGAGGGCUUUUAAGAAUCACCUACUAAGGAAAACAAAUUCUAGCCUUUGUUACAAAUCUGCAGCUCCCAGGUUACUCAUCACAAAGCCAAUACUCACUGAGGUCCCCCCUCAAGAGAUCGCCAGAACAUGCAAGAGAAAUUAAAUACACAAGAUUUUAUUCAGGUUUCAUAAAGUGCUUAUGUGUUUUGAAUAUGAAUGCUAAUGAAGUGUUAUGAAAAUUAUUUCCUGCAAAAUUCUUCAACAAAUUCAAGCCUUCUUUAUUCAGCACCACCUUCUAACAAACAGCUAAAAUAUGACAUUGCUCAGCAAAUAAUUUAGAAGGAAGAAUUCACAGACAAAUCACAAAGAUACAAAACUCACCAAAUACGUUAUUGGGUGUAGAUUACUCAGACCAUCCAUAGCACGCAAAAGAGUCUCAUUCAUUUCAACUGGCAUUAUGUGUAACAUGAAAAACUGUUAAGUCUGUACAUUAUUCAGGAUGUCUAUAAAGUUGUCAGAAAUUAAUUGAAUGAGAAUUUAAAGGAAAACUCUGACCUGAUUUUGCCCUAAGUGUACAUAGCACUUUACGACAGUACAGAGGAAUGAAGAUGCUACCCCAAAAGGUUUGUAGUUUCAUGAAAAAAUUGCUAGUCCUAUUCACAGAUGCAGCAUUGUCAUUUUGAAAUUAACUACUUGUAAAUAAGGUAAAGUGUACCUGUCCUUCAAACCACAAAGAGUAGGUAUCUCAAACAAUCCUCUUCAGAUCUGAAGGUGAAGCUACACAAGAUAGCUUAGGAAUUAUUACUAAUCAACAGGAGCUUGUGCAUCCUUCACAAAUGAAAAUCGGUAAUUUUAUAUAAAAAUAGUGAAUCUAUUACAUCAUAAUUAAGAUUUAUCCUUUCCUAAUUGACUUAGUACUUUUCAAAGCUGCUCUUGGUUCCUGUCAAACUCAGAACUUUAGCUAAACAAGGUCUAACUAAUUGCAUAGAUUAAUAUAUAAUACACACACACUGAGUGAAGUUCAGCUUUCCUUAUCCAAGCCCCAUAAUAUGUGGUUUAGGAAGGGAAACUAGGGUGGAACUCAUCCCCAGCCCUUUGGUAAAUCAGACAGCAUGGAUAGUGUCCUACUGGACACUACAUUAUUACACUUUGUAAUAAUUUCAACCCAUAGGUUGCAAUUAUUUGUGCUAUCCCUCUGCACUGUGCAGUAAUUUGGGGUUUCUGAAUCCACAACCAAAUGGAUUUGGUGGCCUUACUUCUCCUGCUGAUGCUUCUGUGGCCUUUGGUUAGUAACCAAGAGGACAGCAGGGCUCCCUGUCCAGAAUCCUCAGGGCUCGCAUAGCACAGUAGCCUUGAAUUUCUCCUAGUACAAGUAGACUGCAUUAAUGAUUGGAAGGUACACCUUGAAAAUAGUAUCCCCCAAAAAUAUAUUCCCUGCCAUUUAUAAAUAGGUAGAUCUUCAAGAGAAA